UAGCAGAUUAAUGAAAAUAAUCAUUAGUUAAUAUUUUAAAAUGAGCUCCAGCUCAAUCUACAUAAUGUAAUGACAUACUGUACGAUAAUAUAACAGUCAUAGACUACGUUUUCCUGAUUACACUUACAUAUGUUUACUUAAGUGACAUUUUCAAUGUAGGACUUUUACUUGUGUUGGAGUGUUUACUUCAGUAAAGGAGCUAAAUAAAUACUUCCUCGUCCUCUGGUUAUUGACAAGAUGAAAGCAUCAAAACACCCUUUUAGAAACCAGACACCGGGUCUAUGAUCUUUGCACUUGCUUGUCCGCCAUCUUUUUUUUUUGUAAAUCUUUAAAUUUCUUUCUUUAUGAAAGGUUGGUCACACUAACUGUGUCUGCCUUUAAUUACUGUCGGUGAGGAGAUUAAGCUCUAAACGUUGUCAAUCUAUCAUGUUUUAUUACUAAUGAAUGCACUGAUUGUACUGUACUAAUGAAGUACUCUAGGUAUUAGUUGACUGGGAAUACUUGCGGUUGACAUUUGAUGAAGCCGUUUGUCCUUCUCCUGCCGUGAGAUAACACACAGACUACAUUGCCCAUCAUGCUUUAUGGCGCUCUGAUUUCAUUUUAUUGUGUGAAUGUCACUGUUUCAUUUCCUCCACAGUGAUAAGGACCAGACAGGAGCAAUAACAACAACCAUGGUGACCAAGAAAAUCCGGACGGAGUACAUGAAGAAGUUCAGGGAUCCCAGAUGGGAGACGUUCUCCAAAUGUUACGAGGACUCUCUGAAGUACCGUCUGAGCCGGCGGGUGAUGGAGCAUUCCCACAAGCCCUGGUUCUGGGAGGGCUGGGACAGCAGCUCCGAAUCCAGCGGCUGGUCCACGCCGAGGCUGAACAGGAACAAAAUCGCCCCCCUGUCCCUCCCGCCGCCGGCCUCGGAGGUGAAACAUAAGGUGGCCAGCCCCGGGUCGAAACCGCCUUCUGAGGAAGGACGGACUGAGCUUGGAGGAGGAGACGCAGACGUAGACGCUGCACCGACUGCCGUUGUAGAAAACGGUGAGAACGAAGCCGGCGGUGAUUCUGCGACGGCGGCUCCAAACCCUGGCGGAUCCUCUGGGGACACGGACAACGGUCCCGCCGACACGACGUCCUCCGACGGGGAGCCGGUAAACCCGGUGCCAAAGCGACGCCCCCGCCGCCGCAACCCUCGGCCCGAGCCGGGACAGCGGGACAGUUCCCAUGAAGAUAAACCAGUCGUGGUCCGCAAAACGCCGAGAGCGAAGAGCCAACCGCCGAUCAGCACCAAGGAGAAGGAGAACCAGAGGCCGUCCAGCCGACUGGACUGGACCGAGAGACACACGGACGUCAAGAGGACGCCGAAUGACAACAACACGUCCGACGCCUGCUGUCAGACCCGGCGGGAGUCCGACAAACGGAGCUCCAACCUGGACCGCCGGCGGGCUCGGUCAGCCGACCUGGAGAAGACGAGGCGGUCGCAGCUGACGGUGGUGGACGACCGCUGGAUGACGGAGUACAUGCGCUGCUACUCUGCCCGGCUGAGGUAGAAACGGGACCCCCCCCCCAUGACCCCUGACCUCCACCACGUUUCCUUAUCAGACGGUGGAACUGAAAACCAUGUAUGUCUCGUUAAAGUCCAAUCAGGGUCCUUCAGAGUGAAUCGCUGCUGUCGAAAAACAAACAACCAAGAAGUGUCUGAAUUUAAAGUUUAUGGUCAUUUAUUACUAAACUGUGUAAUUUAAAUAUGAAGACAUUCACCAAACUUUAAACAAGACGGGGUCCGUGAUAGUGGACGCUUUGGAUCACGGUUUAGUAAUGAACUGAAUCCCCAUUAAAUAUCAAGUGCAGCUAAAAAACAACAGACAUCUUUAUAUAAUAAAUGAUUAAAAAGUCUUUAUUUAACUUAGAAAUAUCAUUAAAACAGCGUGAGGACCUACAGAGUUUUGUUUAAACUUCUCUCCGCUGAUAAAACACACAUUUUUGAUACAAAAUCUGAUUUUAAACGAUAAGUAUUUUCAUUUCAAGUUACUAUUUCCUCUUAAAAUACACUUGUCAAGGGUUGAUUGCAGUAUUCUGCAUUGUUCAAAGGCCCUUCAUACUUAACUGCCUAAAUGUGUUUGUUUUGCUCGACAGCAGCGAAACAAACUGAACCGGAACAGUUCGGUUCCUCGGGUGUGACGGACUGAAGCUGUUUGAUAAUGAACAAACAUCGGAGAGAAUUGACUCUUUCUGAGCUUUUUGAAUGUACUUCAUUUAUAAGCAUGAAAGCCUCCAAACAAACUGCUUCAUUUCUUUAUCGUUGUUUAGUUUUCUUCCUUGCGAGGCAGCUGUGAGUGUUUAUAACUCAAAGGCAGCAGAAACGGACCAAACCGGAGUAUUUUUGAUAUUUGACUACUUUGGAUGUCAAGUUUAGAUUAGAAUAAACUACAAAAUAAGAUUUAUCAAAUGACAUGAGAAGUGUUUAAGAAGUGUUUUCUGAGUAGAAGCUAUAUUUAAGAUGCGCUGCCUUUAUAACAGUCUCAGAUUUAAUUGUGUUUUUCUUCAUUGAGAUGCAGCUUCUGGUUUACAUUGAUUUUAACGAGGAAUACUCUGCUACGCUGACAAAACUUAAUUCUCUUAAUUCACAUGUAAGACCAACAGAUUCAAUAACAGAAGGAGUCGAGCUCAACUUCUUGAGGGUGAUUAUGCAAAAGUAAACUCUUAAUUUAAAGUUUCAGGGACUCUGUGAGAUUAAUUUAAAUGUAAAACCAUAAUAUUAUUAAUUCAUGUUGCUUAAAACAGCUGAAGAGGAGUUGCUUGUUCGCCUGGAAUGAAGACUGACGAAUUAAUAAACUUUUAAUUAUAAAGCAGCUUUACAAAUGAUUGACAAGAGGAAACUGGAGAGAAGAUGAAAAGACUAAUGCACACAAAUUAAGAAAAGAAAAUAAAUGUUAAUGAAUAAAUAGAAUACAACACAGAGUACAUUGAUCACGGUAAAACAGUAAAGAAUAAAUAAAAUAAGAGCGAAAUGAAACAUGAAUAACAUAAAACCUUAAUAUUCAGAUAAUUUAAAGCUUAUAAUGUGAUGUAUUUAAUGAGUGAUCUGCUUAAACGCCUCAUUUACUUUUUAUUUAACAGGUUUGUCUUCUUCUAGUUCAAUGUUUUUUUUCCCUGUUAAAUAAAAAUGUUUUGAAAAAAUCACAUAAUUUAUAAAGAAAUGAAUGUGCUUGAAUAUCAGGGUGUCAUUUUUAAAUACAAUAAAUAAAUAAUCAGUGGUUCAAACAUUAAUUGUAAAAUUAUUGAGAAAUUACAGUAAAAUAAUGUUUUUGUUGCAGUUUGGUGUUUAGAUACAGCGACGGGAUGAAAAGGGGAAAAAAUAAACGUUUGUAUGGAAUAUAUUAUAAGUUUUAAUCGAUUUUAACACCUUAGCGCCUUGUUGCGUUUGACGUUUAGACUUUAUCUGUUUAAUCAAACUGACGGACUCAAUCACCGGUUUUUGACUGAUCGAUGAAACUAACGAUUGUAAAAACAUGCUGAUGUCAGCGUCGCGUCCCGUGACUCAACCCGAGGGCUAAAGUUCACGAUGUGUUUCUACUUGAUGUACAGUUUGUGAGAAUACUUUUGAAACUGAAUGCAUUUAAACUCACUGAGAAUGUUUAUUGAUUUUAACACCGGCUGAACCUCGUCACUCUGAAUGUGCAAAACUAUUUGUUUAUCUUUUUAUUUAAUAUUAUUCUUCAUACUCAGAAGUGUCCAGUCUGAAACAACACAGUGCCGUUACUUUACUUUAACUACACGCACCAGUCUGUGUUGCUAUUUAUGUUUCUGUUCAAAGUUAAAUCCUUUUGAACUCCUGAUAUGACUUUACUCACAUGUUCGCUCUUUAUCAGAACAGAAAUACAAACAUCCAACUCUGAACAUUUGCUGUUUUUGGGGGAAAUUUUGGAAUAUAGAAAAUGAGAAAAUGUAACGUUUGAAAGAAGAUUACCCUUUUUUAAAACCAUCAAAAUAAUCAAAAUGGCCACAAAAUAUCAACUUCUUCAGGCAUUUCAAACAUGCUUUUCGUCUGGAAGUGAAACUUAUAUGUGGUUUUAAACUGGACACGCGGACGUCUUCACGUCUCUUCAUGUCUUUACUUUAGUUCGUGGCUCUGAUGUCUUCAGCAUCAACAAUCUGACCUUUGUUUCUGUGUCUGAGACUCGUGAAGCGUUGAUCUGGUUUCACUAAAACGAGAUAAAACCGUCAGUCAGAGCUGCAAAUUACUUAAAAGAAGUCUUAUCCUCUUUAUAUUUAAAGCUAAUUAAAAUCCUGACAGACUUACACAUUCCACAUCGGCUUAUUUCCCUCCACAGAAGCUGUAUUUCACUGAGUAAAACCUUUUGUUUCUUACAGCUUUCAAACAUAUUCGGCUUCUUUUGAAACUUUGGCAGCUCAACUAGAAUUACUAGAAGCAAUAAAAGGUUCGUGAGUUUGAACAAUGUUUGGCUGCAGAGCGUAAGUUCAGGUCUUCAGAGGGGCUGAAGGGGUUAAAGGAAUAUGUGAUGAUAGAUUCAUGAAGUGAUGAAAUAUGACAGAUUAUAUUUUAAGAAAACUGAUUUUGAAGAGAUUUCCACAUUUAGAAGCAACUUUAAAACCUCAAAACAAACAUGAAAUUAGAAGUUCUUAUGUUUAAAAGUUCAGCAGAACAAUAAAUAUUUAAACAUUUGGGAAAAAUGAAUCUACAGAAAGAGAUUCUGACAGAUAUACUAAUUGUGUUAUUUUAAAUAGUUAUAAAUGUUUCUUUAGAAGAAAAAACAAAGCUUGUGAGAAAUCGUCUCUCGGGUGUGAAGACGACAUUAAACAGAUAAACUGUUCAGUAUUUGAUACUUUGUGUUUUUCUUUGUUUGGUUCCUGAUGAGUCCAGACGUUUCAGACAAUCACGGUAAAAUAUGAACUAGAUAAAUCGGCACUAAACUAUAUGUUUAUGUGAGGAGUUUGUGAAAUUCACUGUUGACUUUGAUUUGCUUGCUGUAUCUACUAAAGCUUUGAGUUAGUGUGGUUUAUUAUCAUCAUGUUAUGUUAUAAUAUUGAUUCAUAUUUUAUCUCAGACUGUUUACAUUUUUGGUCACUGUAUUUGUAUUUGAAAACAUGCACUACUACAUAAAUAUAUAUAUAUUUUCAUCCACUUUGCUGUGAGUAAAUCAUAUUUGAAUAAAAAUCUGAUUUGAAUAGUAUACAUGUCUAGUAUUUGAAUAUUGUAUUUGUCAUAUUAUUCAUCUGCAUCACUAAUGAGAUGUAGUAGAGUACUUGUACUUAAUAAACUUUAACAAGACUUUUUUUUUUGUGGAAGGUGAGUGACGAUGCAUUCAGGGUCUUCACAGAGGUCUAAGCGCUGCACUCUGCUGGACAAAAGAAACCGACCUGUGGUUCGUUGAAGUCGUGUUACAGCCUGAGCUGAGCUUCAGUGACGCUUUAAACCUUUAAUCCAAUCAGAGGAGUGGCUCGGAUCAAGACGCCCGACAGUUAAACACGUCAGUCCGGGUUAUUUGGUUGUCGUGAUCAGGACUUAAGAUUUCAGUCUUGUGUGAUUUACAAAUUAUAUUCGAGUGAAAAUAAAAUAUGCUCAGAGUUCAGUCUGGAACUGGUAUUCAGGAUUGUUCUCCAUUGUAUAUAUCUCACUCACACUCACACUCACACACACACACACACACACACACACACGAGAACAAUUGUAAUACUGCAUUAUUUCUCUGGGAACGUCGUCACAGACACAAAGUUCAUAAUACUGCAAAUAUACAGAUUAUGAAAUACUUUCACUGUGCGUUAGAUAGACAUACCUGAGAUAGAAAGUGACCGAACAGACUUAGAAUUUAACUUUAAGUGCGUCUUCCCUCACUAACUGGUUGUUUUGGUCUUUAGUCUACAAACUUUUAUUUAUGCUGAACGGCUUAUUUACAAGAACCGUAUCAUCAUCACAUUGUUUGUGGUUUGAUUAUUUGUGGAGAAAGUCGGUUGAUUGGUUGACAGAUGGAAAAGUGUUACUGUCACGAGUGAUGAAUCCCUUUCUUCUGAUGAAUUAUCUUUUACUAUUUCUGACUAAUCUAGUCUCUCUGUCCGAAGCAGAAUAGUGAUAUUGGGAAUGAGAAAAAAAUAAAAAACAUACAAGAG